UAUAGUAUUAAGUCAUUUGAGACUGAACUGUCUCACAAACUGGCAUGAUAUGCAUAAUUAAUGUAUGAGCAUUCUGGAAAGUGUCCCCUGUCAAAUGUGAAAACCGUAUCACACUACACUACCCAAAAUGCCUUGCUGAUCAAGGUCAGAGGUCGGUAAAUAAGGAAGUGUGGAACUCCGUCAGUGCGGAGCGGAGCAGUUGAAAUUUCUUCAUGUUAAGCUGAUCAGGAAAGACAUAUGUCAAGGGGGUUGCCUUUUAAGUAGUUGUCCUAAACAAGAUUAAAGCAUUUGGUCACUCUUGACUGUACUAUGCGGAGUAGCUGACGUUUCAGGUUCAGGAUAAUGAUGUUUCGCGUUUACGUCUCCGAAGGCUUGUAUAGUCGAGUGUCACUUCAAUGCUCGCGGUGAUUUCCAUUCAUUCAAACAGUUCCAGCUUGCCACGCUCAAGCUUUCAUGCUUGACUGUAAAGAGAAGCGUCUGUAUCAGGGCCAAGAGGCUUGUACGCGUAGGCAUGAGGGUGGCGACCUUCUUCAUCGUGGGUCUCCUGGUCCACGUCGUCUUCUUCAUUUCCAUCUUCGACAUCUACUUCACGUCCCCCCUGGUGCACGGCAUGACCCCCCAGCACGUGCCCCUGCCUGCCCCGGCCAAGAGGCUGGUCCUCUUCGUGGCAGAUGGGCUGCGGGCGGACAGCUUCUACAAACCUGAUGUUAAUGCCACUAUCAGGGCACCUUUCCUCAGGAGUGUGAUGGAAGAGAAGGGGACCUGGGGAAUAUCCCACACCCACGUGCCAACAGAGUCCCGGCCUGGUCAUGUUGCUCUGAUCGCAGGCUUCUAUGAGGAUGUCAGCGCUGUGGCCAAAGGUUGGAAGGAGAACCCAGUGGAGUUUGACUCUGUGUUCAAUGAGAGCAAACACACCUGGUCUUGGGGCAGCCCGGAUAUUUUGCCAAUGUUCGCUAAAGGUGCCACUGGUGACCAUGUUUACACAUAUACCUACCCUGCUGAGAGUGAGGACUUUGCUUCAGAAGAUGCCUCAAGGCUGGACCUGUGGGUCUUUGAUGAAGUGAAGGCCUUCUUCAACUCUGCCAAAGGAAAUGAAAGCUUGUUGUCAGAACUCCACGAAGAAAAGAAUGUAUUUUUCCUUCAUCUGCUCGGGAUUGACACAAAUGGCCAUGCGCACAGGCCAAUGUCAAAGGAGUAUUUGGAGAAUAUUCUGCUGGUUGAUACCGGAGUGUCGGAAAUCGUGUCGUUGGUGGAGGACUUCUUUGGAAAUGACGGACGCACUGCAUUCAUCUUCACAUCGGACCAUGGCAUGACCGACUGGGGUUCCCAUGGGGCGGGCCAUGCCUCUGAGACCCUCACCCCUCUGGUGGCGUGGGGAGCGGGCAUACAGGCGGCAGAGAGGACCCACGCACAGCCCUACCAGGAUCAGCACCAGGAGGACUGGGACCUUGGCAGACUUAAGAGGGUAGAUGUCAAUCAGGCUGACAUAGCCCCAUUGAUGUCCUCUCUCAUCGGAGUUCCCAUCCCUCUGAACUCUGUUGGUGUGUUGCCGUUAAACUUCCUCAACAACACCCAGCACUUCAAGGCUGAGAGCAUGCUGGCCAACUCCAUCCAGAUUCUAGAACAGUUCAAGGUGAAGAUGGCUCACAAAAAAGAAACCACAUUAUCCAUUUUCUUCACCCCAUACCCGAUUUUGACAGAGGAACAGCAGGAGCAGUUCCUGCAGCACGCUAAAUCCCUGAUCCACAAAGGACUGCAUGAGGAGGCGAUCUAUCUGUGUGGGGAGAUGAUCGUGCAGGCCCUGGACGGGCUGUCCUACUACCACAGGUACGACCGCUUCUUCCUGGGUUGCAGUGUGGUGCUGGGCUUCGCGGGAUGGACCUCCUACGUGGUGCUGGUCAUCCUGAAGACUCACGCCAGCUUGCGCAAGCCACCCGGCAACAGAGCACUGAUAUCUGAUGAGAGACUGGGGCGGGUGUUUCUGUGCAUGGGCCUGACCAUAGUGGCCUUCCUGCUGCUCCAAGCCAGCCCCUGGACCUACUACAUAUACUGCCUGCUGCCCGUCCCCGUGUGGCAUGCUGUGUGCAAAGAGAUUGGCACUCUGACAGACGUGAUCAGGUCAGCUCCCUCCCUGCCUCUUUGGAAGUGCUUUGGAUACUUUCUGCUGGUAGCAUGUGGCAUAGAGUUACUGGUGGUGAGUUUUUUCUACCGAGCCAUGCUGAGCCUGGGGCUGCUGCUGCUGUCUCUCUGGCCCUUCCUCUCCGGCCUGUACGCCAAAGCACCGACCAGAUCCUUGACCUGGGUCCUCAGCUGUGUGUGCCUGGCAGCGUUUCCACUAAUGCCUGUGGUUGGACGGGAGUCAAACGUCCAUCUUGUGACGUGUGCUGCAGCCCUCACUCUCUUCAACACCAUUUCCUAUUUGGUAUCGACCAGGAGCUUGUCACCACUACCCAGUAAAGACAAACAGCUCUUCAUAUGCCAGAUGGUGCAUGUGGCCUUGUGUGCCUACGUGCUGACCAGUACUCACUUCAGCCUACAGCAGAAACAGGGCCUACCUCUCUUCAACCAGCUGGUCAGCUGGAGCACUCUAGUGGUGUCGUUCGUCGUGCCCCUAUUGAGUUCCACUCGUCUGUUCCACCGGCUCAUGAGUAUCCUCCUCUCCCUGGUCUCCACCUAUCUCCUCCUCAGCACCGGGUAUGAGGCUCUGUUUCCCCCGGUGCUGUCCUGGCUCAUGUUUGUCUGGAUCAACAUGGAGCAGGAGGCCAUGACCGCAGCGGCCUUCAGCAAGCAAGAGCUCCACAGAAUAGACUUCUCCGAAAAUGUGGACAUCGCCAAGAUCAGGCAGCUGAAACUGGAUGAUAUCAGGCGAUCUUACUUCUUCGUAUUCUUCAUCAUUACGGCUUUCUUUGGUACAGGAAACAUCGCUUCUAUUAACAGCUUUGACCCAGCUUCAGUCUACUGCUUCCUCACCGUCUUCAACCCCUUCGUCAUGGGAGGACUCAUGAUGUGGAAGGUUUUAAUUCCAUUCGUCAUUGUGAUGUGCACCUUCGAGACUAUACAGGUCUCAACACAGCUUUCCUCCAGAAGCUUGUUCCUAAUUGUCCUGGUCAUCUCUGACUUGAUGGCUCUGCAUUUCUUUUUCUUGGUUAAAGAUUACGGGAGCUGGCUUGACAUUGGCACCAGCAUCAGUCACUAUGUGAUUGUGAUGUCCAUGACCAUAUUCCUGAUGAUCCUGAGUGUGAUGACGCAUGUGCUCACCUCAAAGAGGAUGUUGGUGGGGAGGAAACUGAAGGUGCACUUCAAAUGAAGAGAUGGACUCAAGCCACAGCGCGCGCACGCGCUAGCGCGCGCGCGCGCGCACACACACACACACACACACACACACACACACACACACACACACACACACACACACACACACACACACACACACACACACACACAUACACACACACACACACACACAGUUUAGCAGCAUGCACUGUUGGUUUCAGCUGGGGUGCUAACACACAGUUCCAGUAAGUGAGCAGCACUGAUGAGAGGAGAUCUUCUGGGGUGAGCGCUCAGUACUAUUCUGAGUGUGCUGCUGAGCUCCCCAGGGACCGCCUGCCUUCUUCUUCUUCUUCUUCCUUUGUCAUGGCUAUGUAAAUGUAAAUGUAAAUGUACUGAGGUGGCACAGAGGGAAUGCCCCCUAUACCGCUCCUGGCCUGGUUGCAGGAUUUGGAUGGAUGAGUUGUAUUCAUCUCGCCAUAGUGAAAAUGUUUUUUUUUAAUUAUUAUUAUUAUUAUUGUUGUUGUUGUUAUUAUUAUUUAUAUGUUGGGUGGAAAAUAACAUAUUUGUAACCGUAGGUAGGGGUAACAUGAAUGUGUAUUAUGUGGGGUUUUUUUUUUUUACUUGGACCGGAGUGGAAGAACAUCUAAUAUUCACUGUAAAAUGUAACUAGUAACAAUUAUCAAAAUUAUGUUCAGACAUCGUUACACUAGAAUGACAUGGUUACUCUGUGGUGUAAAGGUAGCUCUAUAGUUUUGCAUAAUAUGAAGGUGGUUUUGACUCGACUGUUCAAAACUUCUACUAAACGGUUCGGACGAAGGUCAAUUUGGAUUUCAUUAAUUAUGAUGGUUUGGGCAUUGUGAUGGUAACUCUAAUUUUUAAAUAAAACCGUUGGCUUAUAUGGGAGUCGGGAGAUCA